UUGAGUGUUCUGUCAGCUCCUCUGAUGGUACAGCCUGCCUUUGCUGCAAGCUGCACAUACUCACACACACACUCACACGCCACAAAUAGAGAGACAGAAGGAGAAGCGGCUGGCAGGGAGACAGACAGACUGUUGGACGGAGGCAAAGCAUCAUCACCACCAUCACCACCACCAGCAUGGGCUGCUGUAACAGGAGGUGUGGGCUGAUAGCUGGAGCCGUCUUCGGGGCGGUGGUAGCCAUCCUGGGAGGCGUCCUCAUUGCACUGGGGGACAGCAUCAUUGAGGGGACAGUGAAGAAGGAAGCCGUCAUUGAGCCUGGAACGACAGCUUAUGAAAACUGGGUGUCUACAGGGGCCAACGUGUACCGGCAGUUCUGGCUCUUUGACGUUAAAAACCCCUCAGAGGUUGUGGAGAACGGCUCAAGGCCAGUUGUGGUAGAAAAAGGACCUUACACCUACAGGACAAGAUAUCUCCCCAAAGAAAACAUCACAAGCAACCCAAAUCACACUGUGUCCUACUGGUUGCCGUGUGGAGCCAUUUUCGAGCCGUCAAUGUCAGUGGGGUCAGAGGAAGACCAAGUCACCUGUCUGAACCUGGGUGUGGCUGGAGCUUAUUCAAUGGUCGACAAGCAGAUGCACUUUAUGGUGGAGAUUUUAAUAAACAAGACCAACUCAUCUUUGUUCCAGCGCCGGACAGUUAAAGAAAUCCUCUGGGGUUACAGAGACCCCUUAUCGAAAAGACAAGUGGGCAUCUUUGUUCCUUACAAUGGUACCCAUGACGGCCAGUACACUGUCUUCACGGGAAAGGAUAACAUCUCGAAAGUUGGAAUAAUUGACAGGUGGAAGAACGAGAGGAACUUGCAUUUCUGGAACGACACAUACUGUGACAUGAUUAACGGAACAGAUGCUUCUUCAUUCCCUCCUUUCCUGGACAAAAAGAAACCUCUGGAUUUCUUCUCCUCAGACAUCUGCAGGUCUGUGUCAGCCAGCUAUGAGGAAAGCAAAAAUCUGAAAGGGAUUGAGGUGUAUCGUUACACCCUCCUGCCAUCUACCCUGGCUUCCCCUCAGGAUAACCCAGACAACCAGUGUUUCUGCAGAGACCAAAAGAUCACCAAGAACUGCAGUCUCGCUGGAGUGCUGGACAUCAGCUCCUGUCAAGAUGAAAAGCCAAUCUACAUCUCCCUGCCUCACUUUCUCUAUGGUAGCCCAGUCCUGACAGAAGCCAUUCAGGGCCUCCGCUCCAGUGUGGAGGACCAUAUGACCUUCUUGGAUGUUGAACCUAUAACCGGAUUUACUCUUAGGUUUGCCAAGAGAAUCCAAGUGAACAUGAUGUAUGGACCAUCAAAUGUUAUCAAGGUGCUUAAGAAAGUAAAGGAUUACACCAUAUUCCCCAUUGUUUGGCUCAAUGAGACGGCCACGCUGGACGACGAGACGGCGGACAGGUUUAAGACGGAGCUCUUCUCUCGCAUCAGAAUGCUGGAGAUCCUGCAGAGCGCGCUCCUGGGAUCUGGACUGGCCGUCUUUAUCUUCUGUCUUUUCUCCUACUGUUUGUUGAGGAUCUGCGAUUCCAUAAACCAAACCAAACUUGUGUGAGUGAAUCGCGGAAUCUCGUCGCACGACCGUCAGCGAGCACAGUGAAGUCAAGCUGCUGUGAGACGGCUAACUUUUUGAUAUAUCCUCGCACAUUUUUGUAAUGUCACUCUUAUUUAUAAUGCCGUAGUUGCUUUGAUAACACGUGGACAAAUACUGUGAUUUUUGUAAUGCUUGAGAGAUAGCUUUAUUUGCAAAGUUUUAUUUC